AUGGACUUUCUCGCCUUCGUGCUUCUUCUCGCCGCGCUUCUCUUCCCCGCCGCCACCACCGCCACCGCCACCGCCACCGCCACGGCCACGGCCCUGGAUGGCGAUCAUAGCAGCAGUGUGGUGACCAGGCGCGUGUCGCGUGUUUCUCCAGAUCAUGCCGCAUCUUUCGUCGCAGGCCUUCGUCGUCCGUCCGUCGCUCGUCGCCUGAGCGACGGAGUGGCACGGCCACCCGCGGCGAGCCCCCGGCCGGGCGAUGUGAAGCUCGCACCGUCGCAAUUGGCGGCGCUGGUGGCGCUGACGGGGUGGGAGGCGGCGGAGCUGUGCUCCCAGUGGACGGGCGUCACGUGCGAUGACAGAGGCAUGGUCACCAAGAUAGAGUUCCAAGUGCUCAUCUCCGCGGGCACCCUCACCCCGCCUGGACGCCUCCCCGCUGACAUCGCUGCCUUCACCGCCCUCCAAGUCCUGAACCUGGGCGGCCAGGACCUCUCGGGCCCCAUCCCCACGGACGCAUUUCGCAACCUCACCUCCCUCCAGGAACUCGAUCUCUCUUCCAACCCUUUGAACGGCAGCCUGGAGUUUCUUGCCUUCCUGCCCUCCUUGCAAUACCUUGAUCUGCACGCCACUGACCUGACUGGGGAGAUUCCUGCUGCGCUCGGCAAAGCCACCGCCCUCUCAUACCUCUCCCUCGCAUACAUCAACCUCACAGCAGCAGAGCUCCCUGCCUCUCUCUCCUCCCUCACCAGACUCGCCUACCUUGACCUGAGCUAUCUCAGUUUCGCCAGCGUGCCAUCGUGGAUCGGACAACUCCCCCACCUGCAGUUCCUGGAUGUGACAGCACCCAGCGGCCUCACCCCCGCCCGCUCCUUGCCUUUUCCAUCCGACUGGACGGCUCUCACCAGCCUCAACACCCUGAGGGCAGCGGGCAACGGCUUCUCCGGCUCCCUACCCGCCGCCAUCUCCGCCCUCACUGCCCUCUCAGAGCUGGAUCUCUCUAAUAACGCCCUGGCUGGCUCUCUGCCUGUGCUGCCCUCGUCUCUGGUUCUCCUCUCGCUGAGCCACAACGCCCUGGAGGGCCCCUUCCCUGCCUCUCCUGCUGCCCCGCACCUCCUGGAGGUCAUGCAAAUGAGCCACAAUCGUUUCACAUGGCCCACUCCAGCAUCAUUCUCAGGCCUUGCUGCCCUUGCCACUCUCGAUGUGAGCUACAACGAUCUGUCAGGGCCCAUCCCUCCAUCCUUGGCAAACCUUCCCCCGCUCGUCAACCUGGACAUCAGCCACAACGCUCUCUCGGGCGGCCUGGACGUGCUUGCACGCAUGACCAACAUCUCCACCCUCAACAUCGGGUCGUGCAACUUGUCUGGCGCCUUCCCUGCUCCCCUCGCACUCCUCGCCCUCUCCGAACUCGACAUAUCCAACAACAGCUUCACGGGGCCCUUCCCCUCCGCCAUGCUAUCUGCACCGCAAUACAAGAGGCUCAAUCUAUCGGCCAACAACUUCUCUGGCCCACUGCCGCCACAGCUCACAACGCUCACAGCAGUCAACAGCUUUGACAUCUCUCACAAUCAGUUCACUGGAGUGGUGUCCCCUGCCGUCUUCACCCUACCUUCGCUAACGGCCCUCUCCCUCGCUCACAAUCAGCUGGAGGGCUCUCUGCCUGCCACCGGCCUGUCCGAAUACCUCAUCUCCCUCGACAUCAGCGACAACCAGUUGAGCGGCCCUCUGCCUGAGUCCAUGACCCUCCUCAUCUUCCUGGAGUCCCUGGGCCUUGGAGGCAACAACUUGACUGGUCCCAUACCUCCUGUCUUUGGCAUCCUGGACAACCUCUAUUACUUCAACACCUCAGGCUCGGGGCUGACCUGCCCGGCAGACGGCAGCGAGUGUGGGGUGAAGCAGAGCAACACCUCCUCCUUCUGCCGCCUCUGCUCCUCCUUCUGCUCCUCCUGCACGCCCCUCAAGU